GCGGCCAACGAGUGAAAACGAAUGGCAGCGAAUUCCUGGGCCGAAGGACGAAGGACGAAGGACGAAGGACGAAGGACGAUGAGCAUGCGGCAUGUUGCUGCUGUUCUGGCUUGCCGGGAAGUAUAAAUACCGGAGACGCACGGCCGUCGGCCAUCAGUUCUGCAAACGAUUUCACUUUGGACGCGCGACGCGUUGGUGCUCCUGCUCCUUUCGUUCGUCGUUCCUCGUCGUCCUUGCCACGAAAAUCUCGCCACAAAAUUCAGCUUGUUUGUUUGCAUUUCUUUUUUUUUGUUGUUUUUCUGCUUUUUUUUUUUUUUUUUUGAUUGUGCACGUGCAGCAAAGCAAUGUUCACCAAUUGGCUGACUGGCAGCAGCAGCAGCAGCAGCAGCACGCCGAUAAUUCGCUCCAAUGCAGCCGGUAUCGUUGGUGCCGGCAAUGUGACACCGAGCGGAGUCAGUGCCACCGCUUUGGUGAUGAGCUCGCCACCGGAUGUUAUUCUAGAGGUGGGUCCGGCACCCAGCAAUGUGCGUUUCGUGGCGCACUCCCUGGUGCUGGGCAUGCACAGUGGUUACCUGCGUUCCGCCAUUCGUUUGGAUGAGACUGCCGCCGGCACCGCCGCCUCCGUAUCCGCAUCCGCAUCGAUAUCGAUAACGGGUGCAACAGCUGCCAGUUGCAAUCCAUCAUCAUCAUCAUCAGCAGCAUCAUCAUCAUCAUCAGCGGUCACGACGGCAUCGGGCGAACUAUUGCUAUAUCUCAGUAAUGUGACAGCCGAUCAAUUUGCACCGCUACUAACCUAUAUGUAUACCGGUUAUCUCGAUCUGAACGUCGACAAUAUCUUUGCCGUACUGCUGGCCACCCAUGUGCUGCACAUGCCACGGGCACUGGAAAUCUGCCGCUCAUUUUUGGCGCGCGCUCAAACGGAGGGCUAUUUGAACGGUAAUCCCGCCGCCCAGCUUUGUCCAGUGCCCAGCAUACCCGCCAAGAUCAUCCGGCCGAUACCGAGCAAGGCAACCAUGCCGAAUUUUGGCUUUCUCCCCCUGCCACAAGCGCCGCCAAGUGUUGCACCUUCGGCACAACCAACGGCUCAUCAACCAACAACUGGCAUCGCUCCAGUUGCUUCGGCUUCAAUUCUAAGUUCAUUUGGCACCAACACGCAGCAUAUGGAGCACAUGGAACAGCCCAUAGCCAUGCUGGACAACGAAGUGGAUGAGGAGGAUGUGGAGGUAUUUAUCGAUAGCAAUACGGUGACGGAUAACGAAGCCGAAGAACUCGAACCGGAUGUGGAUAUGGACUGUAAUGUUUCGGUGGUAAGUUCUCUGGCCGCCAGCAGUGCCGGCAGCAUGAAUAUCGAACGUUUGGAUGUGAAGCCACCAACACCCAUACCCGUGUCUGUUGCCACCAUAAUAUCAGCCACUACGACCAAGUCGCAAGCUCAAAGUCUUGGUCAGUCCAAAGGUCAAAACUCUAGAAGAGAGUCAAAUUCCAAGGGUAACAGAACAAAAUCCUCCGCAUCCCGAUCGCGAAAAUCCAGUGGCCUGCAGGUGGCCAAGGCUCCUGUGCCGGCUGCUCAAUUGGAUUUGACAGCAGCCGCCACACCAUCGAUAACAUCCUCGAAAUUCAUCAUCGAUGUGGCCAGUUGCGAUGGACCGGUUCGUUUUCGAAGGAUUCUCAACACAGCCUACGGUCACAAGCCAGAGGCCAUGGAAUCGAAUGCGUUAGCUGGUCCUGCCACUGCUCCAGCUGGCGGCAGUUCAAACUCAACGAUCAGCGAACAACAUCGCAGCCAACAGAGUGUUAGCUUAUCGUUUCACCAGCAAAUGGCCAGAGCCAUCAGUAGCCAGCAGCGGCAAUUGAGUCAUCAGCAGCAGGAGGAGAGCGAGAAUAGUGGCGAUGCCAUACCAGCAACGAUUGGUAAGCAGCAUGCAACAGGAGCCACCGCUGCAUCGUCAGCCAUGUCAACAUCAUCAACGCAUGCUGGCAGCAAUAGAAAGUCACAGGCAACGGGAACGGGAACGGGAUCGGGAUCAGCAACCGCAUCAUCCGCUGGAAAUCAGGAGCUCUACGUAUGCGUCUAUUGUAAGCAUACAUUUAAAUCACAAUAUUGCUAUCAAAAGCAUGCCAAGCGACAUUUGAACCCAUUGACUUUGACCACCAACGAUAAGAAACUGCUGAUGGAAUCUGCCGCUUCAAUGGCCAACACUAUCGAAAUGGACAAUCCAUCAUCGGUGGGUCAGAGUGGUGCAAACAAUUCGAGCGGUUCGAUUGCAACUGGUAAUGGUGCAACAGCUGUUGCAGCAACAACAGCCUUGCUGCGACGUGAGGUUCGACCGCUGGACAUGAAUGUGCAAUAUUAUCCCUGCAAGACGUGUGGCAGCAAGUUUCCCAGCUACUAUUUUGUGCACAAGCAUCGAAAAAUGUGCCAUGCGGAUGAGAUCGAGGCGACGGCCACUAGCAAUACGAGCAACAACAGCAGCAGCAACAACAGCAGCAACAACAACAGCAGCAGCAGCAGCGGCAGCAGCGGCAGCAGCAGCAACCACGCGAAACGCGACGAUCAGCAGCAACAACAACAACAAUCCUAAAGUAAAUAGAGUACAUGCAACAACAAAUAUGGCAAUUGGCACUGGCAAAAUCAAAGCAACGAAAUUUACGAAUUUAUCUACACCUAUCACACACACAUCUCACACACACACACACACAGAAUGUGUGUGUUUUUUUUUUUUUUGUCGCUCUAGAAAUGCAAUUGAAUUAAUAAAAUGUACUUAAAAACAAUCAGCAUUGCGAGCAUAAUGGUGAAACAUAAUGGGUUAAAUCUAGGAAAAUACGUAAAUACAAGUGCACAAGUGAAAGUGG